UUCUCUUUUAAAUUCAAGACAAUUGUACAACUUCUCUUACUUGUUUCUGUUUUACUUGUUUCUUUGUCCAUGACCUUUAUAAGUCUUAAAAGUUAAAUACGGUCUUCGAUUCUUGAUGUUACAGUGUGGAAUUUUUUUGUGCCUAAAAAUAAUUAUACAAAAUUAGUAUCAGUGACUUCUAAGUGGCAUUGCAAAGUUAAUUACAGUAUUUUCCAAAUAGCCACAAAAGAUCUAAACCUAUCCUAAAGAAUAAUUGUAAAAUCAGCAAUUUAGAGAUGACUGUGUAUAUCAAAUAAAAUGUUAUUAAGUAUUUUUUCAAUUCUCUCUUUCCUCCAGACUUAAACUAUUCUUAAAAAAUCUGCUUUUUUGUUUGUUUGGGUUUUUUUGCCUUUCAUAUAACUUUGUAGAUUUUACAAGUCUGCAAAGGUACACGGACACAGUUUAGCUGGUGUUGUGUGAUUCAUAGUGCCAGCUGGUUUCUGCUUUAUUCAGAGGUUUGGUGAGGGGGAUAGGACUUGAGUUGCAGGGUUGUUCAGACCCAGGGAUAUGAGAGUCCCACCUUUCUCUAGACUUUCUGGUCUCUGGACCUCCAUAUCAGAUAGCCCAGCUAAACGGUUGUUCAUAUUGCCUUGACACUUUCGCGGCCAGUGUUUGAAUAAAGUCCGAAAUUAUUUUAUUGUUGCUGUGUUAAUACUGAUAAUUUAUAAUCAAAUCAUCUUUAUGAUAGUAAUAGAUUAAAUAUUGGAAAGGACGAUUCUAGAAUUUGAAAGCAAUUUCUCAAAAAGUUCGGUAUAUACUCAGUAUUAAAACUUUAGAUAUGUAAAAAAGAGAUCAAACUUAUCUUUUUUAAGAGUGUAUGCUGUUUGGGGCUAGGGUUGGAGCUCAGUGGUAGAGUGCUUGCCUUGUGUGUGUAAGGCCCUGGGUUCAAUUCUCAGUACCACAUAAAAAUAAAUAAACAUAAAGAUAUUGUGUCUAUCCACAAUUAAAAAAUAUUUUUAAAAAGUGUAUGCUGUUAGUAUACUAUAGUUGGUGAUAAAAAUUCAAAAGCUCUAAAUGUGCAUGUCUGUCCAAUGUACUUUUUCUGCUGCUUCCAGGACUGAUUAAUAUUAACAAGGGGGACCAGGAGGACUACAUAAGACAUAAUCAGAAAUGCUCUAGAAGUAUUCAAGAAUGUUUGAUCAGGCGUGGAAAUCCAUGUGAGAAACUAUGUCAUAAGCCAUGGUCAGAGAAAUUCUGGAGUUUUUAAGAUUUUUAGUAUCUACCAUUAGAAGACCUGAGAUACUUAAUUUCUUUUUUUUUUUUUUUUCCUUUUGAUUAUGCUGGGCAUGGAACCUCGGGCCUGGCACAUGACAGGCAGAUGCUUUACCACUGAUCUGCAUUUCCGGCCCAGCAUUUAAUUCUUUAGCAAUGAAGAAAGCAUUUCAUGGGAUGUUAAGGUUUCAGUGACAGGUAUGGAACAAUUCCUCCUUGCCUCUGUACUGACAGGAUCCAUCAUGAAAUUUCUCAACUUGGCUGAAAUGUUGACCUUGAGAUACCAUUUGAUACUGAAGUGGGUGGGUGAAAACAGUGCUGUGGAGUCAGUACUGAACGUGAGAACCGUGUUGGAUUGCCAGGCGCAGUCACAGGGACUUUGAGACCGCUGGAGGAAUCUUAAGGAAGUUUCUCUAAAAUGGCAUUUGGAGUCAUGGUUGCCUUAACGUGCGUCCUGGUGCACCACACUGCAGCCAGUUGCCCAGGACUGCAGUUCAGAGGCUCUGUCUGGGAGUGUGCUGGGGGUGCGCGUAGAUGUUUGGGAUGUGGAAAAGACUGGAGGCAUGGUGGGCACGGAUUGCGGAGGACAGUGCUAGAGGCCCAUGGUGAAAGGCUCAGUCUCACCCAAGUCGUCCAUUCUCAUGCACAGUGGUCUUCUGUGGAGAUGCUCUGCCUGAAGUCUCCAUUUCCUUUUAUUUACUUACUUAAUUUUUUAUUUAUUAUUUUUUGAGAUGGGUUUCCAGGCUGGUCAAUAAACUUCUGGGCUCAAGUUCCUCCUGCCUUAGCCUCCCCGAUAACUGGGGCUACAGGUGUGUGCCACUGUGCCUGGCUUCAUUUUUUUUUAACAUCCCAUGUUUUUAGUAUAGUUUAAUUCAGAAUUUGAUUUGAAAGUGCCACUUGAGACGUCAGUAUCAGAUUUGCAAUAUUUUUGGCAUUGGAAAAUACUUUAGAUGACCAUGUUGUGAGUCACAAGGGAAAGGGAAAAAAACAAGGGUAUUACUGGGCAUGGUAGCACGUGCCUGGAAUCUCAGCUGCUCCAGAAGCUGAGGCAGGAUUGUAAGUUUGAGGUCAGUCUCCACAAUUUAGUGACACUGUGUCUCAAAAUAAAAAUUAGAAAGGACUAUGGAUAAAGCUCAGUGGCAAUGAUAUACAUCCCUAACUUUUUUUUUUUUUUUAAAGGCAGUCUCACUAAGUUGCUGAGGUUGGUUUUGAACUUGUGAUCCUCUUGGCUUAACCUCCUCAGUUCCAGUUGCUGGGAUUAUAGGGUUGUGAUGCCAAAGCCUGGUCAUAGAAGAUGAUUACACGUGUAAUAAUCUGAAUUAUGCUCUAGUUUUUUUAAGUUAGAAAAAAAGUUACCAUUCAUUGAGAUAAUAAAUCAAAGAGUAAAGUGUUUGAAGUGCUGUACUAGUUAUCUGAAAUCAGAUGUCAGGAUAUCUUGGUUGGAAUAGUGUGUGAGAGCUAGUGACUACAAAGGGUGAGGAGAGGAAAGGAGAGAAGGAUUAAAUAAGGGGAAAUCAAGUGAAAAACAGGUGGAAAGAAGGUAGUGCCCCAGAAAGCAGCAGCUCAUCCUCCUGUGCUCUUGGGACAAAAAUUGGGUGUCAUCCCUGACUUCCUCUCCUUUCAUGCCUCACUGUAGCAAAAUCGGGGACUCCGUUUUAAAAACAUCCAGGAUCCAGUUGCUUCUCAUGUCUCUUCUACCGCUGGGGCCUAGCAAGCAUCCACUCUUGCUUGAACUGGGCAGUGGCCUCUGAUAUCACCUCCUAUGUUGACCCCAUCCUUGUGCACGAGCCACACUGCUUCCUUGUCCCUUAGCCUCUGGUCCCUCCCCAGGAACCCUCUCAUGAGCACAAUGCUCCUUGUCCUGGCUUUGCAGCUCACAGCCCUUUUUAAAAUUUUUUUUCUAUAUAUUUUUAGUUGUGGAUGGUCAUAAUACCUUUAUUUAUUUAUAUGUGGAGCUGAAGAUCAAACCCAGUGCAUCAUACAUGGUAGGCAAACGGUCUACCACUGAGCUACAGCCCCAGCCCCAUCACAGCCCUUCUUCCCGGCUGUUAGAGAUGACUCCUCAGUCCCUCAGACUGGAUGGUUGGACUUGCGGGUGUGCAGACAGAGGCAGAUUUUAUCCCCUGUCUCCUUCUCCCUUGCUCUUCAUUUUUCUCUAAAGUACUUUCCUAUCUGAUGCUCUUCUUUAGUUUGUGUUUGUUUACUGUCUUCCUUCUGUUCCUCGCUCAAGAACAGUGCUGGACAUAUAUAGGUGCUCAGGGGAGGCAGGAGUUAACAGGUGGGUGAGGAUACACUUCUAUUUUGUGGGAUGAAGUAUUGCCCAAUUCUAGGGUGGAAGGUAAAGCCAAUUAAAAUCUUUAAAGUAAAUUGUCACUUUGUCCUUUGACAGUAUUCAGUGUCCAGGUUGGCAAGUCUGUAGAGACAGAAAGUAGAUUAGUAAUUUCCUUGCACUGGGAUUCGGGGAUCACUGCCAUUGGGCACAAGGUUUCUGUUCAUACUGAUGAAAAUGAUCUAAAAUGGAUUGUGGUAUUGGUUGCACAGCUGUGAAUAUAAAUCUUCUGGAGUUGUGCAUUGAGAGUAACGGAGUUGUAUGCUAUGUGGCUAUCUCAGUGAAGAUGCCAAAAUACAAAACCUGAACAACAAUGAAAUAGGGCUGAGGAGCAGGAGCCAGAAUUGUGGCCUUCCCAGCUUGCCCCUGCCUGCUUGCACCUGUCUUGUUGGUGAGGUGCUAGCACUCUGGUGAAGAUCCUAUCCCAGCCUGUCCUUCGAAGGUAGCACAGACCUGCUGGGCCUGGGAGCUUCUUAUGUCCUGGUCAUGAAGAUGGUACUGAUGGUGCUGUGAGAAGGAACCAUGGUCGAGGGAGGUGGUAUAGCUUGGUGGCUCCUGUUGUACAUCUCAGGAGAGUAUCUGCCUUUGACUGCACAUUUUUUUUGCUUCAAAGACAACUUCCUUCGGCUAAAGUUAAUAAACCCACCCAUAAAAAGCUUAGUGAGAGAACAGGUGCAACUCCUAGAGCCUUUUCACCUGGGGCAUAAGGUAAUGCACAGUACCUCCUUGAGGAACUGACGGUAGUUGGGGCCAUUUGUGGUCUUGGGGGGUCAGGUGAGCAUAUCUUAAGCAUUAUGAGCCUUAUCACAUUUUUACAUUCAAGUAUACAUUUUAACGUGAUAAUAACAAUCUCAGGUCUCAUACAAUAGGAUUGAUUAUGUUCAACAUAUGAUGUAUACCAAGGACAUGCUUAUUGUGUGUGAGAAAGAUGUUUACUAUUAAACUUCAAAGGAAUGGGCUUCAUGAGUUACCUGCAGGGAUCUCAUGUUUUACUCACUGAGAUUAUAUUGGUUUGGCUAGCACUGCCCUCUAACAAGAUGCAGCGUUAGGGAACACAUUCCCUAUGCCAAUUACAAAUUAUAGUCCAUGUGACCAGGCCCUGAUUUAAAUAUGGUGCCUUUGCUUGUGAAAGGUGAUCAGGUGAGUGUGGUUCAAUAGCUCAAGAGAGGAAGGAAAAAAAAAAAUCAGCCAUCCUUAAUAUAGAACUGGGGUAAAGUAUAAAAUGUCAGAGCACAAUUUUCUGUGACAGUGGGUAGGCAGUAUAUACUUGAGCAUGAAGAAUAUCACUAAAUUACAUAUUCCCUGAGUUAUUAACAACUAGAAAUAAAGUUACAAUGAAAGCAGAGUCUUGGGAGUUGAGGGAGGAAAACAACUUAUUUCAAAUAAGUGCAUGAAGAAAUAGAAGAAUCACCCUUAAUGGUACAUGUGACCAUUCCAGGAAUGUUUAGCAUGUCGCAGUGGAAGUCCUACUUCAAGUAGUAUGAUAACAUCCUGUGACUUGGUACGCAUUGUAGAAGGGACCGCAUGCGUGGAUGCUACUCAGAAAUGAGUACAGUGGUGCAUCAGUUUGCUACAGGCUGUACUAUGAGAAAUGUGUCAUUAGGCAGCUUCAGAGCUGUGUGAACAUCAUGAGUACACGUGCCCAGCGUGGCCAAGAGCUGUGGUGUCACAAUGAAGCACGAGCUUAUAGGACUACCCUCAUGUGUGUGGUCCUUUGUUGACUGAAAUGUCACAAGGAAAGAGUUUGUCUUGAUCUUUUGCUGUACUAUGAAUAUGUUGAACACUAAAAAUUAAAGGAAUAAUUGUGCUCUUUCUAGACUUCUUUUAUUAAAACAUUUGCAUCUUCGCAUUUUUUUUCCUUUUCCUCAAAAAAUAUUCCCCAUGGCCAGUGUUAGUAAAUUCACCUUUCUACCUCAGGGACUUGAAGAACAGAGUGGCAUACUGGGGUCUGGUAAUGUUCACGUGCAGCUCAGGAUUGAAGGCAGAGCAUGCUGGCCUGGUAUGAGUUAAUCCUGGUGCUUUGUGUUUCUGACUACUAACAAAGCAAAUUUAUUUCUUCUUGGGAGUGAUGCAAUUCCAAAGCAAAAUUUUGAUGUCAGUUCUAAUGAGUCUGCUUUCGAUUGUAGAGUGCAAUGAUGCCCUAGUAAGGAUUAGUGAGAAACCUAUUUUGUUGUAGAUAAUAAAUCUGAGAAGUUGUCAGCAUAGACUGAAGUGAAUCUGGCAUGCAGUUGCUUUGUGAAUGACCCUGUGAGCAGACUCUGCAGUUCUGAAUGUGGUUUUAAAUCACUGAAUUUGUAGGCAGGUACAUAUUACAAUUGUCUGUUUUUCUUUUUAGGGCUCAUGUAAUCAAAGAAGUUUCUUUGUUGUGUGUAUCUUUACAGAACACAACAGGAAUUGAAAAUGAAUCAGAACGCUCCUGAGCCUUUGGCAGCUGCUGAGACCCUGGCUGAGGUACCUGAACACGUGCUGCGAGGACUUCCGGAGGAAGUGAGGCUGUUCCCAUCAGCUGUUGACAAGACCCGGAUCGGUGUCUGGGCCACUAAACCAAUUUUAAAAGGCAAAAAGUUUGGGCCAUUUGUUGGUGAUAAGAAAAAAAGAUCUCAGGUUAAGAAUAAUGUAUACAUGUGGGAGGUAUAUUACCCGAAUUUGGGAUGGAUGUGCAUCGAUGCCACUGAUCCGGAGAAGGGGAACUGGCUGCGAUAUGUGAACUGGGCUUGCUCAGGAGAGGAGCAAAAUUUGUUUCCACUGGAAAUCAACAGAGCCAUUUACUAUAAAACUUUAAAGCCAAUCGCGCCGGGCGAGGAGCUCCUGGUCUGGUACAAUGGGGAAGACAACCCCGAGAUAGCAGCUGCGAUUGAGGAAGAGCGAGCCAGCGCCCGGAGCAAGCGGAGCUCCCCCAAGAGCCGGAAAGCUACAGCCUCCGCCUGGCGUCCCGAUGCCCUCCACCGACGGCCCCGUACAUCACCAGGCAGUGUAGGAAGGUCAAGGCCCCUGCCGCAGCCCAGUUCCAGGGACCCUUCUUCAAAGAGUAGACUCUUCGCCUGCUCCCUGACAGCACCUGAAGUGACCUGGAAGCGCGAAGCCAAAGGGCCCGGCAGUCUGCCUGCAGGGAGCACCGACCCACGGCCUUGCCAGACUGUGAGAGGCAGGGGAGAGCGUGCGUUCGAGGCUGUGUGUGCAGGUGACGCACGUGGACUCCAAAGGUCCUGAACCCGGGGAGCAGGAAGGUGGCUGACCACUUGGUCUCUGUCGAUCCUGGACGCAGCCUGGACCUUGCUUGGCGGUUCAGCCUUCCUGGCGGGUGGGGGCACCUCUCCUACUAUGCAAUUUUUCAAGAGCCCCUUGACCCUCCUCUUGCUUCUCCAGUAUCCUUUGCCAUUGUGGGGACUUUGUUCUGGCCCUGGGGGUCAGCUUCAGGCCUGUCUGAGAAAGGCCUUCAGGAGGAGGCCUAGCUCCCCUUCAGGACCACCCCCUUCCCCACGGACCCUCUCCCCACAACAUUUCUGGGAAUCCAUAGCAUACAGACCCCUUGGAGCCAAACCUGGAGGCUGGGCCCUAGCACUCGGGGAGCCCCAUUUCCUGCCCAAGCAACCCAGACUGUAGCUCUCGAAUCAUUUCCCGGUUUGAGAUUCCAGUUGGUCCCUUGCUCUUGAGUCUUUGCAGGGAAGCCCUACAGCAGGUGCAUCCAGGAGAAAGACUGUCCCCAUUCAUAGAUGCCAUGGCACAGGGGAUGGUGCAUGGAGGACGGGGUCUCUGUGCCCUUCAUUGCCUGGCUUGUUGGGGACCAUUACACCUUCAGCGUCUGAGCUUCUCAAAUAAGCUGCAAAGGAAAGCAAACAAAGCUGGACACGGGGCAAAAAUGGAAGGACUAAAAAGCACAGGGGAAAGACAAAGAGAUUUCCGGAGGCCAUAAAUGCCUGCCAGGGAAUGAGGGGGCUGACCCCUGCUCUCUGGUGGACAGUCCAUGUCUCGGGGAAACGGGUGACUGAGCUCAGAGUUUGGACCCGGUUCAGUGAGGUUCUUGGGUUUUGUGCCUUUGGGACAGACCCCAGAUGAAGAUGCCUGAGACCGCUUUGGUGUCGUUUUCUCAACUUUGUUCCAGUGGUGAUGUGUCCAACCCAAAGUGGAGGAGGGGACUCGGGGACGUCGUCACACAAUAAAGGGAUUUUUUUUUUCAGGGCUACUAUGGUUGAUCUUGCAACUCUGUAAAUAUGUAUGUAGACACUUUUAAAAGCACGUAUUUAUGUCCCUGACUGUAAAUGCUCCGUUUUUAAGGUUUUAUAACGUGUGUUAUUUAAUUAAGCAGUCAACGGGCUGCAGCGUGGGGUCAGGUCAUGGUCAGGAGAAGAGUCUCACGAGAGCCUCACGCGGGCAGAGAAGUGGUGACCGGUGGCCGAUGUACGCUCCCGUUUCCCGCCCGCUGAACUGCGCCUUUUGUUUUUAAUUUCCAUAAACUGGAAUCCUCUGCGCUCCUACAGUGGACUCUCACCAGCAUGGAAAACUGUGGCUGUCCCUGGUCCUGACAACGACAGUUUCGCCCCGUAACUGCCCACACCGUGAACUGCACCCCAGCGCUCAGCUCCUGAAGGCUCCCCCUCCGAGCUUCGGGGCAGCUCCUGAACCCAGACUCCAGUCACCUUCGGCCCGUGGUGAACUCUGGGGCCACCCGGGGAGACCGCUGUGUCGCAUGGGCACAGGUGCUGCUCACCCUCAGCACUGGGACUGUCGGGAGAAGUGUGGCCACAGUGAGGGGGCUGUGAAGAGAGGGGUCCCUGGUGGGUGGAGUCGGGGGUGGAUGGUGGAAGGUGGUUCUGUGUCCGCCAGGUGGCGAAAACCAACAAUAAAAGCGUGAAGAGCCAUGGUGAGGAGUG